GACGGCAGAGUUGACCGGAAGUGUGGCAAAGUGUCGAAGAAAUAACGCGAAAGUUUUGGGGAGCUAGUUUUGGGGAAAAAUGCACAAUUGGAAUAUUUUGGCAGUUGUGUUGAUAGUGUCAACUGGAAUGGUUGAAAGUUCGAAUUCGGCGCGCAGACAGAGUGCCAUUAGUUUAUCAUGCGGUAAUGCAAUUGCAACGAUACGAAGGGAAGACACAAUUGCCCUACGGGAGGUGUAGUUGAUAGCAAGUGCAGUUUGCAUGUUUGAUUUUGUUUCGCUACUGGUGCUCUGGAAGAGCAUUGCCUUUUUUAGAGGUUGGAACGAAAAACCGAUACAUUUGAAGUUUCCUCUAGGACUGAGGAGGUUGUUCCGGUGAAAUGUUGCGAAAACUAAUUCUGCUGACUGUAUUGACUUCGGGGACUUACGCAGAGGAAGAUGACGAAGUUCCCACCGGCACUAAUAGGAUCGGCUUUGGGAGCAAUUUCAGCGCUAAACGUGAUGUGCGGUUCUACUUGUACACACCACUUACGGUAAACGAGCCUCACGUGUUUUCGAUUGAUACGGUUGGGACAGUUUCACGCUCGUUCUACAACAGUAGUCUCCCGUUGCGAAUCGUCAUUCACGGUUGGAUGAACAAUUUCACAUCGUUGGCGAUCCGAGGUGUUAAGGAUGCAUAUUUGGCCAACGGUCAGUACAACAUCGUUGGGGUGGAUUGGAACAAGGGAGCAGCCGAAGCAUAUCUGCGGGCUUCCCAGUACACCCUGGCAGUUGGGCACGUCGUGGCAGACCUUAUCAAUCGGAUGGUUCGUUCCGGCAUGACGACCAUGGACCAAAUCUACCUCAUCGGGCACAGUCUGGGAGCUCACAUAGCCGGGAAUGCCGGUCGAUUAGUAAGCGUUGGGCGGAUAAAAGUCAUUUAUGGGUUGGACCCCGCAUCGAUCAACUUUUUCGAAGACGAACCGGAAAGUCGACUCAGUCCGGAUGAUGCAGAGUACGUCGAGGUCAUCCACACCAGCACGCAAUUUUCCGGAUACCCUCACCCGAUCGGGCGCGUUGACUUCUAUCUCAACUAUGGCAAGAAACAGCCCGGAUGCUCGACCGAAUCCUGCAGCCACGGGCGAUCGAUUGAAUAUCUUAUGGAGUCGCUGUCUAAGGACUGCAAAGGUUUUUGGGGAGCGAGGUGUGAUGACUACAACGAACUGAAGACCAAAACGUGCUACAAUCUAAAACAACAGGGGCUGUUGGGUGGAGAUCCUCCUCGGUAUGACAAUGAAAAGGGAAUUUACGUUGUUAUUACGGCAGUCGACUCACCGUACGCGUUGGGAUACAAUUUUUGAAAAGCAACUUGUUGACAUUGACUCGAUUCAGAAAUAAAAAUUUUAUGCCCAAAGAA